ACUGCAAAGUACACGAUCGAUUCGACUGCGAACGGCAUAAUCAGUAGCUGUUCUUCAUUCGUAUAGUGUGGUUGAGUGCGAGUUCGAGAUGCGCUUGGUAAUCAUUUUCACCGUAACGCUAUGCAGCGUGCUGACAGUGUUUGGAUGCGAUGUGCCGUUGGUGCACUAUAAAACAAUGAAAUGUACACCCGUUGGCAGUCGCCCUGAUGGAUGUCCGGAGAGAUACGAUUGCCCAUCGAUAACGGCCCACGAUAAUAGCAAAUGUUACUUCAACGGAAAAACGUACGCCAUCGAUCAGACCUUACCGGACGCGGAGGUUUCGCAAUUUUGUUCCGCAGCGUGCUACUGCCGAUCGGCUAAUCCGAUUGCAAAAUUCCGCUGCGUGCAUGUAGACUGUGCGGAGUUUUUCCAUCGAUUCGAUUACGACAACUGUCUGCGGCAGUAUAAGGCUCAAAGCUGCUGUUCGUCUGGGUCGGUUUGCGGCCAGGAUCGAGACAAAUUGGCGACGUGUGAGCUGGAAAGUGAAAUCUACCGGGAAGGUCAACGUAUGCGGUUCAAGGAUAACAAGUGCCGUAGCUGUAUUUGCUCUGCCGGUUUUAACCCGAACGCCACCGAUACGGAUCCGAACUGUUUCGAUACGAUCUGUGGGUUCGAGCUGUUCAGUGAGAAGCAGGUUUAUGGAGGAGGCAUUCCCGUGUAUAAGGAAGAUGUGUGCUGUCCCUGGGAGUGGCGUACGCCUAAAGAAACGGACAGUGUUGUGAAGGGUAGCGGCAAGCCGGCAACGGACCCUAAUCUGCAAUGCAAGUACGGCAGUCUUACACUCGAUGUGGGCGAUUCGUUGGACAUACAGCAGAGAAAAGAGGAUGGUCAGAAAAUGUCCUGUAGCUGCCAGGUCCCACCACUGAUGCACUGUAUGCUGGGCUGAGAUAUUUCUUUACUCCGAAAACAAUGAUUAAACAAUGGUUAACAUAAAACAAAAAUGUUUAAUUAAUAUUACUGCAUUGUAUGAAAUUACACCUAUAUUACUAUGUGUAAA